UCUGCACUACAAGACCUUAAACCCUACAGACCUUCCUGGCGGACCAACAAUGAGGAUCUUGCUCCGUUACACAUGGAGGUCCCUCAGAAGGGUUUCCCGGAAUCCUCCCAUGGCAGUCGAAUUCCCAUUCCACGGCUUCAAUUCCAUCAGACCCAUGUCGCAGUCCACCUCAAUACCCAAGAAGCUCCUGAGGGUCCGCGACCACGGUUACGACAAUUACAUGGAAAUCGAGAAGAAGGUCCGGAAAGUGCUCAAGUUCCAGUCUUUGAUCCUCUCACAGCACAAUCAGACCCUCCCCGUCUCCCGCCUCGACACCCUCGCCGGCCGGAUUGGGUUCAAGAACCACGAGGCUGGCGCCUUCCUGCUCAAGUUCCCCCACGUCUUCGAGAUUUACGAGCACCCUGUCCAGAGGGUUCUCUAUUGUCGGCUGACCCGGAAGGCAAUCCUACAGAUUGAGCAAGAAAAACAGGCGCUGCAAGCUCAGGUCUUUCCCGACGCCGUGACCCGUCUGCGGAAGCUGUUGAUGUUAUCCAAUAUGGGUCGCCUCCGUCUCGAGCAUGUGCGAAUCGCACGGGCCGAGUUUGGGCUGCCCGAUGACUUCGAGUACUCGGUAAUUCUCAAGCACCCGCAGUUCUUUAAACUCUUCGAUGCCGAGGAAACUAGGAAAAAGUACAUUGGGCUUGUGGAUAAGGAUCCCGAAUUAGCUGUCUGUGCUAUAGAGAAAGUCAGGGAGAGGGAGUACAGAGAGAAGGGAACUGAUGCUGAGGAUGUCCGGUUCUCAUUCCUAAUCAACUUUCCGCCCGGGUUUAAGAUAGGGAAGUAUUACCGCAUCGCAGUUUGGAAGUGGCAGCGGACACCCUAUUGGUCCCCUUACGAGGAUGUUUCGGGCUACGACUUGCGGUCCCUCGAGGCCCAAAAACGGAUGGAAAAGAGGGCAGUCGCGACUAUUCACGAGCUCUUAUCCCUGACAGUUGAGAAGAAGAUCACUCUGGAGAGGAUUGCUCACUUCAGGCUUGCGAUGAAUCUCCCCAAGAAGUUGAAGGAUUUCCUCCUUCAGCACCAGGGGAUCUUUUACAUAUCGACGAGGGGUAAUCAUGGGAAGCUCCACACAGUGUUCCUCAGAGAAGCUUAUAACAGGGGGGAGUUGAUCAAGCCCAAUAACCUGUACUUGGCACGGAGGAAGUUGGGUGAGUUGGUGUUAUUGAGCCCGAGGAAUGCAAGGGUUGACAGGGAGUUGGUUAGUUAUAGACGAGAUAGAGGGCACGAUGAUAUCGAGCGGCUAAAGAGGGAGUAUGUGGAUAAUGGACCAGAGAACCUGGGGCCCCAUAAUGCCAUGGAGGGGCAGGCAGCUUCAGAUUCGGACUUCAGUUGCGAUGGUGAGUUUAUGGACGAGGAUAAUGAUUGUGAAGAAAGGUGAACAAUGAGGAUGGUGCUCGUGUGGCUGAUUGACCGACCUUGGCGUGGCACGUGUUCACUCAAAUUAUAAUUCGCGGACCUCUUGGACAUCAAAGUCAAGAUGCAACUGCAGAGAGAUGAAUUUGACCUCCCUUGAAAAUUUGCAUAUGAGCUAUUCCUUAUGGGUGAUUUAUGCCUGAGGCUUGGUGAUUGAUUGAUUAUAGGCUAGAAGGGAUUUGCUCUUACAAGCGCAUUCCUUAGGAGUAAUAAUAAGUUGGCUGUCAAAUAGCCCUCCUCAGUCCCUCAUAUAUCGAGGAGAAUAAUGGGCCUUGUGGUAGCAAUACAUUGUGGUUCUCUUCUCCUCUCCAAACAUUUUGGUUACAAAUAUGGGAGCAAAUGUGUUAUUCCACAGCAAUUGGUUCACAAAGAAGUGUACGAGACAUGUAUGCAAUUUCUGUUACACAUGCUGUGCAGAUUUGCACAAAGUUUGACGCCAUAUGCUCAUGUACCUGAUUCCAUCAAGCAGAGCUGCAGAAGACUGUCAUUGAUUGUGGAGCUUGUCGGCAUAAACUUUGAGUUUCCGCAGCUAAUACCAAUCAAAUUCGCUGGCUACACAGUCGGCCUCACAUUAUAAAGCAGCUUUAUUGAAGCAGGCCGCUCCUUCUCUGUUCAGCUCUGGUGAUAGAGUUGAAGGAGCAGAAUCUCCUUACGGCCGCUCCUGUUUUUGGAUCCAUCGGCUGCUCCACUCUUGCUUUUGGAUCCAUCUGCUGCUCCAAUUACUUGAAGUACGGGUUUCAUUUACACCGACCAAAUGAGUAUGGAGGACCCCAUGGCUGAGGACUCAGUCCAGGCAAUUGGAGCUUGUAAUUGAGAUUUUUGACUUGGCACGAUUUAAUGCCCAUCAGUGAUAAUAGAUAGUUUCUAUCACUCGAAAAACUCUUUUUUUUUUGCCCUUUCUAAGUUUCAUGUCUAUCUCCCAGUUCGUUUACAUGAGAAGAACUAUUCUUGCAGGCUGUAAAAGCUUUAUUUGAUACUUGAACUUGUCUUGGUUUGGUUCUGGCAUCUGCUAGCUCUUGGAUUGCAGUGAUCUCUUGUUAA